AUGUCUUCCGCCCCUGACCUGAUUUCUGACCUUAUAGGGCGGCUGUCUUCUCUUGUUGAAUCCCCAUUGAAACAGUCUGAGAAAAAUGAAAAAAUUACACAAAUUGCCGAAAGGGUCAUCGCCGCAGCCCGGCCUGAUAUGCCCGACUGGACUACACGGGUCAAUGGCUUCGGCGAGUUCGUUGCCAUGAAGAUUUUCAUCGAUUGGAACGUGUUUGAAGCAGUCCCUCUAAGCGGAACCAUCUCGUAUGACGAACUUUCUAAAAAGCUCAACGCCGACAAGUCUUUGGUCCAACGGUUCGCAUGGCAUCUAAUUGCUCGCGGAGUAUUCAUACAAGUAGGAGAAGAAGAGUUGGCACAUACCGAGAUCUCCAAACGUUAUCUUCCAGGCUUGCCGGACACAGUCGUGUUUAACUUCUGGUAUGAGGAAACCAUCGUGCCGUCUGUGAAAAUGCCGGAAUACUUCGCUAAGUAUGGCCGCCGAGAACCUGAUUCAGAGAUCCGGACACCACUCGCUUUUGGAUUUGGCCAGCCGGAGAUGACUGCGUACGAAGUCUACUACCAAGAACCCAGAAGAAGGGACCAAUUCCAGAAAGCCAUGAAAAUGGCCCAGUAUGCGGCACCGUUCACCGGCUCGUACGACUUUGUUUGGAUCAAGGAGAAAAUCCGAAACAUGGACGAUCAACGGGCAGUACUUGUGGACGUCGGCGCCGGAAAUGGCCACGUCACCAAAGCCAUACUACAGGAAAACUCAUUCAUCCCAAUGGAACGCGUCGUGCUCGAAGAUAGAGAGGACGUGCUCAAUGCUGUUGUUGCAAUGGAUGACCAGGGGCUUAAGGGCGUCAAGUUACAAACCCAUGACUUCCAUACGAAGCAACCUAUCAAGCACGCCUUGGUGUAUUGGAUCCGUCGAUGUCUACACAACUACGGCGAUGAGACCUGUGUCAAUAUCCUGACACACAUUGCUGAGGCCAUGGCAUCUGAUAGCAGGCUUCUUAUUGCCGACAACGUCAUACCCAAUCCGCCUCCGAUUUCUGAAUGCAUGCUAGACUUUACAAUGUUGAACAUUGCUGGCAAGGAGAGGACGGCAAAGGCUUUCGGCGAGAUCAUCACCCGUGCGGGUCUGCGAAUGGUGAAAGUUCAUGGGGCAGAUAAGAGACUGCAAGUUGUUGAAUGUGUCAAGGCCUGA